CAUCAACUGCUCUGCCCUGAGUUUGACAACAACAAUAACAGAGGAAAGGCGACUUUGUUUUAUUAAACGAUAAUAAAGAAAAAACGGCGAAUAAAGACACGCCGGCGGGAUAUAUCUGCGUUUCUUUUAAAGCCCUUCAACUUCAGCCAACGGUUGUUCUUACCUGCUGGGCAGCGAAAUGGGGCGCAUCUUCUUGGAUCACAUUGGUGGGACUCGCCUCUUCUCCUGCGCCAACUGUGACACCAUCCUGACCAACCGAGCUGAGCUCAUCUCCACGCGCUUCACUGGAGCCACCGGCCGAGCUUUCCUAUUCAACAAGGUUGUGAAUCUGCAACACAGUGAGGUCCAAGACAGAGUCAUGCUGACAGGAAGACACAUGGUGCGGGAUGUCAGCUGCAAGAACUGCAACAGCAAGCUGGGCUGGAUGUAUGAGUUCGCCACCGAGGAAAGCCAGCGCUACAAGGAGGGCCGUGUCAUCCUGGAGAGGGCGCUGGUGAGGGAGAGUGAGGGCUUUGAGCAUGUUCCCUCUGAGAACUCCUGAGUUCACUUCUGUUGCAGUUGCGAUGCUCAUCCCAUGCAUACUACAGCUUUUCCUCCAGCAGCAGUGCAUGGACAUGCAUAGACAGUGUGCCAUUUGUGAAUAGAGUUACACCAAAAUAAUAUCACAGGCUGGCUGUUUGUGGGAAAUUUAAACAAGAAGUGACACAUUUUAUCCUAGGAAGGGAAAUAUCAUCGCUUCUCUACCCAUUUAAAACCACCUGCAUUUUCCAUAUCUGCCCAAUAGGCUGUGAUGUUCGUAAAAUGUGUUGGUGGGGUGGAAUUUUGGCCGCUGUCAGAGGGAGAGGAUUCGCUCCUGUGGCCCUACAAGAAGCUCAGACAGAUAGAUUAUUAUGCACGGUUUGAAUAGCCAAUGACAGCAUUGAUGAAUGCUGACGCCGAAGAGAAGAUUGUUGGGUGUGAUUUAAUGAAAUGAGAUCUGUUUGGUCAAAGAGUUAGUCACCAAGCAGUAUGCUGGAAUACAUUCCUUUUCUGGCAAGUGUUCAGUGUAAUAUGCAGGAAAUGUUUUAUUUCAAAUAUGUAUUAAGUUACUUUAUUUAAACAUCAGCUGUACCAGAAUAAAAGAAUGGACACUUGGAGAACCUGUUUAUUGGUUUUUUUGUCAAAAAUAAACAAAC